UCCGGCUCGCGCAAAAUCGCUUCAAAUACUUUACACUAAAAAAAGCUCAACUCUUAUAUAAUAACCAUGUUUGUUAAUAACCCCAACUACCAUUUUUCUCAAAAAGCUUCUCUUCAACUCUCAAGUCUCGAAACAUAAUAGCAUUUCACACACGUACACACACGUAUACGUUCAGAGCUCUUAAAAAUGAAGCUGCCUCUACCAUUACUCCAUUAGCAGCUAUAAAACCUUCCCCUGUUUUCUCUGAUCGUACGGAAACCCUUAUCCACCAUUAAUAUACACAGAUAAGCAAAGCUUGUUUCUACUCUCUCUCUCCACUGCAACUAAUUCUGAAUACUCUCUGAAAAGUUAGCUCCAUUAAUUAUUGUCUUCUUCCUAGCUUCAACCUCUGCCUUACUCUCCAAGCCUGGGAAUUUUUAUUUUGGAUUUGAGUUCAAAAUCUCCAAUUUCUGUUGUUCGCGAGAUAUAAUUGAGGGGAAAAAAUAAAUUAAUUAACUAGCAGUGAAAAUCUGAAUAUUCUGUGUGUUUUCUGAGGAUAAUCUCGAUCAGUACAUGAAAUCCGGCGCAAAAUGCUAGACGAUUCGCGCAGGAACUCGGAUUCCGACGGAUUGUACUCCGGCAAGAGCUCCAUGAGCAGCGACACAACCGCCGCGACGGCCCUCAGCCACUCCGCCAGCUUCGGCCGGUUCUCGUUCGAGCUCCCGACGAGCUCGCCGGAGCAGGCGGCGGCGCUGCGGCCACACCGGUCGUCGGACUCCUCGUUCCGGGGCGUGCCACUGCGGGGCAGCCCCGGCCUCCGCGACUUCAGCCUGGUGCGGCAGAUCGGCGGCGGCGACAUCGGCCGCGUCUACCUCUGCCGCCUCCGCGGGGCGGCGGACGACGGGCGGCUCUACGCGAUGAAGGUGGUGGACAGCGACGCGGUGGCCCUGAAGAAGAAGACGGCGAGGGCCGAGACCGAGCGGAGGAUCAUGAGGCGGCUGGACCACCCGUUUUUGCCGACGCUUUUUGCCGAGUUCGAGGCGUCGCGCUUCUCAUGCGUGGUGAUGGAGUACUGUCCCGGUGGCGAUUUGCAUUCUCUCAGGCACAAGCAGCCGCACAAACGAUUCUCCCUUAGCGCUGCGAGGUUCUACGCAGCUGAGGUUCUUGUGGCACUAGAGUACCUUCACAUGCUCGGAAUAGUUUACAGAGACCUAAAGCCGGAGAACGUGCUUGUUAGAUCCGACGGCCACAUCAUGCUCACCGACUUUGACCUCUCCCUCUGCUCCGACUCCACCGCCGCCCUCGAGUCCCCGGACUCCUCCCCGGGCCCGCCGCCUCCCUCCCCCUUCGCCUGCCUCCCUUUCGGCGGCCGCCGCCUCUUCCGGUCCCGGAAGGUCCGGACGGCCCUGGCAGCGGGCCUCCGGUUCGUGGCCGAGCCCGUCGCGGCCCGGUCGUGCUCCUUCGUCGGGACUCACGAGUACGUGGCUCCCGAGGUGGCGCGCGGCGGGCCCCACGGCAGCCCGGUCGACUGGUGGGCGUUUGGGGUGUUCGUCUACGAGAUGAUUUACGGGCGGACCCCUUUCGCGGGGCCCACCAACGAGGCGACCUUGCGCAACAUCGUGCGGGCCCCGCUCGAGUUCCCGCCGGCCGGGCCCGGAGCCGGAGGGGAGACGCGGGCCGCAAGGGACCUGAUUGCGGGCCUGCUGGAGAAGGACCCGGCCCGGAGGCUCGGGUCGAGGCACGGGGCGGCAGAUGUGAAGACGCACCCAUUCUUCAAAGGGAUGAAUUUCGCACUCAUUCGGUCCGCGGCGCCGCCGCAGAGCACAGCGAGGUUGAGGCGGCAGAAGACGGCGCCGGCUAGGUCACAGAAGGAAUCGUUCAGUGUCUUUUGAUUUUAUUUUAUUUUAUUAUUAAUUAUUAUUUUUUUCGCUUGUUAGGUUGUAAAAUGUGUAUAGGAAAAAACACGACAUAGAAUGUGGUGGUACCACGUUAAUCGCCUAUUGAUGUCGUGUCACCAAAUGACAACUUUCAUAGUAUGAUGCUGAUUGCUGGUGAUAAUUGAUAGUUGAGAGAUUAUUAUUAUCUGCUUUUGUUGGCGGGUAAGUAUGAUUUUAGUGCAUAUGGAGGAAUUUUUAACGCAAUUUGGC